AUGGAAGUCUUUCUCAGAAACGUCCCCGUCGACCUGACCGAGGACAGCCUCAAAAAGGAGCUGAAGCCCUGGACCAACGCCCUCGGCAUCCUCGACUGGGCCUGCGAAAAGGCAAGGAGAAAGGACUUUGCCUCUAUCACCUUUCUCAACGUCUCCGACGGCGCAAAGUUCCUGGCCAAGCACGAAAAGGUGAUCCAACAGCAGCAGCAUGACCAGGGGCCUCAUACCAAGCGCCGUCGCGAAAUUGCUCGCCUGCACAUCCUCCAGACGCCCGUCUUUGUCACAAAGAGCAAGCGCACUGUCGACAAGUUUGCCCUCAGCCACCUCAAGACGGAGCGCGAGGACCGCAAGAAGAGGCCCGACCGCGGAUCCCACUCCCACGCCGUCCGGUGCAGGCUCAGGGGCAUCGCCUGCGGCAAAAACGUAUUUGCCCAGCCCUCGACUACCCUGACAUUUGCCCAGCAGCUCAGCACCGGCGUGCUCGGCCACGCCAAGUUUGGCCAGCGCUGGCUCUCGGCCACCUUCAACGACUCGGCCCGCAUGGACGUGCCUUACGACAUCAUUGAGAGCCUUGUUGCCGACCACACCAGCCCUGCCUUGACCCUCGUCCUGACUGAGCCCCCCCGCUUCUUCGCCCGUCAGUCGCCCUCGACCUAUUCCAUGGUCAGGUGGGAGCGGAGGUCCAGUCUUCCCAAGUGGCCUCACCAUGAAAAGUACGCCGCUCACUGCCUCGUCUAUCAGCUCUGGAUAGGCGUCGGCGACUCCCACGUCUUCCGCGCCUUGAGAGAAAAUGAACUAGUCCCGUUUUCCCUCCAGGGCCUCGCCCUCGACCAGCACCCGGCCCCCCAUAUCCACGACUACUCAACCUGCAUCAGGACCUUUGAGGGAGCCAUCAACGACGCCGGAUCCGCCAGGCGCGUCCCCUUUCCCAUCCUCUUCCAGAUCCAGGGCCUCGUCUGGAACAACUAUCUGCACCCGGCCGCCGGCAUGCGAGCCCUCACCAUCAUCGAGGACAUCGCCAAAGACCCCAAAUGGGACCGAGGCGCCCUCCCCUUUACCACAGACUCGAUGAAGCAGCUGCUGCCAAAGAUUCCCUACCCAUGCCCUGGCACGGAUCCCACCCACCUCGACCCGGACCGCCUCAUGGAACUCGCCAUGCGCAUCGAGCUCGACCUCCGCAAGCAGGAUCCCUUUCGGUUCGGCAUCUACGGUCUCGGUCUCCCUGAUCAUCAGACCUGGGUCUUCAAGGCCAUGGUUACUCCGACCCGCGUCAUCCUCCAGGGCCCGGACGCCGAGAGUAAGAACAGGGUCCUGCGCAUGUUCCCCGACCACGGCGACCACUUCUUGCGCGUUUGCUUUUGCGACGAGGACGGCCAGGACCUACAUUUCAACCCCAGGGUCUCAAACGAUGUCGUGUUCGAGCGCUAUCGCAAGGUGUUGCAAGCCGGGAUCCAGGUUGCCGGCCGGUGCUUUGCCUUUCUCGGCUUCUCGCACUCGUCGCUGCGAUCCCACUCGACCUGGUUCCUCGCCCCCUUCAUCGACCAAAACAUGCAGCGCCACGACUACGACACCAUCCUCAGGACCCUGGGCGACUUUAGCGAGAUCCGCAUCGCUGCCAAGUGCGCAGCGCGCAUUGGCCAGGCCUUUUCGGAGACGCCCUACGCCGUCGACCUCGUCAGGACCAACAUUAUGAGCCGUUCGAUCCCGGAUGUCAAGUCGGCAGACGGGACGCGCGUCUUCAGCGACGGCGUCGGCACCAUUUCACGCGAGGCCAUGGAGGAGGUGUGGAAUGCCCUGCCCAUGCGCUCGGCGGCCCCGACCUGCCUCCAGAUCCGCUGGGGAGGCGUCAAGGGCAUGCUGUCACUCGACUCGCGGCUGCGAGGCAAGGUCAUCUGCGUGCGCGAGGAGUCGAUGAUGAAGUUCCCCAGCCGCGACCAGCGCGAGCUCGGCAUCUGCGACGUCGCGUCCAAGCCCCUGCGCCUGGUCCUCAACCGCCAGCUCAUCAAGAUUCUCGAGGACAUGGGCACCGACAACGACUGGUUCAAGAAGCUGCAGAACAAGGCGCUCAAGAUGCUGCGCGGCGUCACCCACACGGCCGCCAACACGAGCACCUUUCUGCAGUACCAGGACAUUGGCAGCGCCCUCGGCUUCCCCUCCUUCAUCGGCCAGCUCGACAAGAUGGGCAUCGACUACCGGCGGGAUGAGUUCCUGCGCUCCGUCGUCGAGCACGUGGUGCUCCGCGAGCUACGCCUGCUCAAGCACAAGGCCCGCAUCCCCGUCAACAAGGGCGUCACGCUGUUUGGCGUCAUGGACGAGACGGGCUUCCUCGACGAGGGCGAGGUCUACAUUGCCUACGACAAGACGCACGCAAAGAGCGGCUACCGCAUGGACGCGUCCCUCGUCGACGGCCACAUCAUCGUCACUCGGUGUCCCGCCCUGCACCCCGGAGACGUCCAGUGGGUCAAGAUGCGGACGCCGCCGGCGGGACACACGCUUCGGGACCUCAACAACUGCAUCGUCUUCAGCCAGCGCGGCCGGCGCGACCUGCCGAGCCAGCUGAGCGGAGGCGACCUGGACGGAGACCUGUAUAAUGUCAUCUGGGACCCCCUGGCGCGCCCCAAGCGAGUCUUUCCCCCGGCUGACUACCCGCGUACGCGCCCGCCCGAGCUCGGCCGGCCCGUCAGGCGCGACGACAUUGCCGAUUUCUUCAUCCAGUUUAUGAAGACGGAUAUCCUGGGCCUCAUUGCGAACCGUCAUCAGAUCCUCGCCGACGUCAGUCCUGAGGGGACCUGCGACGCGGGAUGCAUCGCGCUGGCGGGGAUGCACUCGACGGCCGUCGACUUUUCCAAGACGGGCAUCCCGGUCAAGUUAAACGAGAUGCCAAAAGCGCCGCGGACGCGCCCUGAUUUCCUGUCACCGGCGCCACCGGUGAAGCUAUAUGAUCUCGGCCAAAUCGACUUCAUCGAGGAAAGGCGCAUGGACGAUGACGAUGACGACGACGGCAUGGGGGGAGCGCGACACAAGUACCACAAGUCAGAGAAGAUUCUCGGCCAGCUCUACCGCGGGGUGGACGAGAAGAAGAUUUGGAGCGAAGACAUUCACCGAACCGUCAACAUGAACGGGCCCUCGGUGUGGGACCAGCUCCUGGGACGGAUGCAGGCCGAGUUAGACGCGUACGGGAUCGACACCGAGUACAAGCGUCACUCGGAAGACGCGUGGAAGUUGCGAAACCUUUACGAGGACUCCGUCUACGAUAGCAUGUGGCACUUUUCGGACAACCCGAGAACGGGCAUCACGGAAGUCGAGGUCUUUUGCGGCUCCGUUCUUAACAAAAGGGGCUCGCAGACGCGGCAGCAGCGCGACCUAUCGAUCCGCCUCAAGGAAGAGACGGACCGGGUGCUGACGUGGAUGGUCGACCUGAUCCGCAAGCGCAGCACCGUCGACGGCUUACACAACGGCAGCAGCUACGACGACACGGACCUGUACUCUGUGACGAGCCGCGAUGAGUCCGUCGCCGCCGCCGAGACCAGGGACCGGGAAGAGGCGUACCACGGCGACGGCGACCUGCGCAGCUUCCGCGUCGUGGCGGCGGCAUGCCUGCUCAAGGAGAUGGGCGCGAUGCGCGCGCAUGUGAGCGCGGCGAUGGCGGGCGGGGGAUACCUGGGGGUUGCGGCGGGACGUCAGGCACCGCAGCAGAGGGGGCCCCCGCGCGCGAAGAAGGCGGCGGCGGCGGCUGCGGGCGACGAAGGACGUGCGCCAGAAGCCGGGGGCGCGGCGGCACGGGCUGCGGUGCCACAGCUAGGCGGGGGGGUGAGGCUUACUGGGCAGUUCGAGAAGCUUGGGUUGAGCUGA